GUACUUCACUGAAAACCCAGUUAUCCACAUAGGAGAAGAGGAGAAAAAACCCUCCAAAACCCUAAAUCUAACCAGCACAACCAAUUUGUGAAUAGACAGAAAAGAAGAGAAAAAGAAAGGGGAGAAAACAGUGAGACAGCAAAGGCUGUUCUGCACAACUCAGGAUUUUUUUACCCAGCAUAAUUUUUGGAUUUAAAGUUUUGGAAUUGAGGCGUUAUGGAAAAUAAAGAUGCAAAAGAUCCAUUUAAAGGGGUGGAUUGGAAAGCUGUUGGCGGUGAAAUGCAGAAAAAUCCGAGUGUUCAACCAUCCUUGAAGAAACGAUUACCCAACAGACUAAGGCAAAUUCCUGAGUUCUAUUUCCUUCCUCGAUGGCCACUUCCCAAAGCCAUUUUAUUUUGCAGUGCAUGCAUUGGUGCUGGUGUGGCUGCUGGAAUGGUUGGUGAGGCCUGGAUUGAAAAGAAAGUUAAAGAAGAUGGCGGGGUUAUAUGGGAAUUUGAUAAAUAAACUAUUGGUCUUAGGACAUAAUGUUACAGACAUCGCUGCCUCUAUGGUUUCCUCCUUACAUGUUCUCUUCAGCAACCCUCACUUCCCAGAAUUAUCAGUUUCAGGGAUUAAGAUGAUCCAUGGUUAGCAGCAGGAUUGAGGCGAAUGAGGUGUGAUGGUAAUACUAGGAAAUAUUUCUCUUCCAUUUCUAAUAAGUAUGGCAGCCAAAUUUAUUACUUUCUUUAAGAUUAGCAUUUCGGUGGUUCCUAACCACGCACUCGACAAUGAUUCAGUCAAUCAGUGUAUUAAGUGCCAACCCUGACGCGACGAAAUAUUGCAAUUGAUGCAAUGAAAUUUCAAUUUUUUAAAGGAAA